AUGCCCCCUAAAAAAACCGCAACAGCAACGAAAACUGCAGCCAAGCCUGCUACUAAAUCUACUGCAGGAGGAGCGAAGUCUACUGGAGGGGUCAAAACCACAGGGACAGCCAAGGGCGCGGGGGCAGCUAAAGGAGCGGGGCCAGCUAAGGGCGCGGGGCCAGCUAAGGGCGCGGGGCCAGCGAAGGCUCCACCCGCCAGUAAGCCAGUCGAAGAGCCACCAAAACCGAGAGUUUUGCCAGAAAUAGACAUGAAAGUGAAAGACAUUCCAGAUUUCCUGUUAUCAGAUGUUGGUGAAGUCAUCAAGAAAUCGCCAAGGUGGCCAUACAUAGUGAACCCCUCGGGAGUUCUCAGCACGUUCGUCAAGUACCGAGAUGUCAACGUUCUGAGAGUAAUGGAACAGCAUGAGAUGGGGGAAGAGAUCAUCCGAAAGGCAUUACUAGGAGCUCUUAGGUAUGGUAAACCUUUUGUGAUUGACUUAGAAGACAGUGGGGAUUUGUUCGUCUCCAUGACAGAAUUUCUGGAAAGGGUCUUACCCGGUCUGGCCGAGAUGCUCUUCACUAAAGAAGUGAUAGAACCAGAAUGUAUCGAAAAACUGAUCAGGAAAAACGACGAUGACGAUUAUCAAAGGACCAUAGCAUAUCGCACAGACAGAUUUACUUUUGCGGUCAUCUCGAAGAAGAUUGAAGUAUCUGAUGCAGUAAAAUCGAAGAUGUUCGUUGUCAGAGCCGAAUGA